CAUCUUCAAACUUCAUCUUCUUCAUUUUCCGAUCAAUGGUACAGCCCCGAUCACUCACGCUUCGUAUAGAAGCUAUUUUAACUGCAACAGAAGCAACAUGAGCUCGAGCCAGCAAAAUGUCGCCUCCAUUGUUGAAGACCGUUCGUACAUUGAAGGAUUCCACAUUUGAAGCUUGUGCCCGCAUCAGUGCCCACCUGAAGGCAUCUGCAUCUGCAUCUGGAACCGCAGAGAACGGAGCCAGAGCUGGCAGAAAUGACCUCAAACUAUUGACCAUCGAGUUAAGGCUUCUUGGAGGCACACUUUAUAGUCUCGAGUCCCUCAUCGUCGAGUUGUCUGUAGACAAUGAUGCCGCCGACAGCACACUGGGUAUCACCCCUAGCGCGUCUGGAUCAGAAAAUGACCCUUCACAAGAAUGGCCAAUUAUCGAUGGGUAUGAGAUACUCCUCACUGCCAUAAAGUCCUUUCAUCAUCUCGCCACCUCUGAUGGGAUUAAAGCCGCUAGAUCAUCACUCCAGGACAUCCGAUCCAAAUUAGCGUUUGUGCUCGGAAUCUCAGACACCCUUGAGGAUAUCUCGCUUCGGCUCACUCUACUCGAAUCAGAACCACUGCCCCAACUUCUGGUGCAGAAGGAAUACGACCCAGAGGCUAUCGAGUCACCUGUGCAGGCCCCCUAUGACGAUGAGCAGGGUGAAGCUAGACCCGAAGAUGUUUCCGUUUGGCUAAAUAUCUUGAAUUCGCCUGAAAAUGAUCGCGAACCUGCAGAAUACAACAAAGAGAUCACAUUAGUCCAAUCACGCCGCAUAACAGAGCCAGCAUAUAGAAUAGCGGCUACAAGAUGGCCAAAAUACGCAGAGAUUUACUGGCAAAAGCUUCGACCUCAAGUCUGCUCCCUCUUUCGUGUCCAAAAGUCGUACAACUUUGUACAGUGGGUUAUUGAGUAUGCCAGGGAGACUUACCCUCGAACAUUCGGCACGAUGGCCCUUUCGCCAAGGUGUCUUCUCGAGCUGACUGAUGCGCUCUGUAACGGAUCUGUCUUGCCACUUCAUAUUGCUGCUGCCCUCGGGUUACCUAACCUGUGCAGAGACCUGCUUUCAAUGGGCGCCAACGUCAACCAGCCCGGUCUUCUCGGCACGCCACUAUAUUGCGCCCUCGUAGGCAGCAAGGUUCUUAUCACCCGUACAGAGCCAGUAUCGUGGCCGACUCUUCUCGUUGGUAACGACUCUGAUGUCGAUCAGGCGGCGACUAUCCUAUUGCUUGUCGAAAAUGGCGCAGAUUGCUCGUUUCGGUAUUCUUGGAAAGAUGCCGCUGAAGAGGUAUCACUCGCAGGUUUGGCCUUUUGGGCUGCAAUGAAGACCAAACAUGAAGCAAUCUUUACAAACAUCAUCAAAGGAUAUGCAAAUGCCACUCAAGGCAAAGGGUCCACUGACAUCGCCAAAGGAGACGCACUAGACUCUUCUUUUUGUCUCCUUUUACAGCGAGAACCUGUAGUCAAACGUGGUCUGCUUCAUCGAACUCGAUUUGCGCGCUUGCUCACAUACGUCUAUGACUUGACAUUGGUCGACAUUGAAACAGAGUCCACAGAGCAUAACUGGCUCCAAGAACUGGUUGCUCGACUCAUGGUGCAUGCCAACAUUAAGCUUUCCCCCAUGGGUGACGGAAAGGUGGACACAUUGAAAGACAGCAACUUUGCUGCCGCCGUUCGGACGGCCGUUUUGGACUUUAAUGUGAUCUUGGUGGAUCGUCUGAUCAAAGACCCAAGGUUCUCUGCCGACUUCAAACACGAUAAGGAAGAGACGCUUCUCCACAUGGCUGCUGAGUCUGCACAGAACGAGAUUCUGGAAAUGCUUAUUGAAGCCGGGGCUGAUACCAGAGCCAGAGACUCAAGUGGUCGCACACCACUCAUGGUCUGUAACGAAGUUAGUCCUAUGGCCAAGCUGAUUCUCGAGCACGGUGUACCGACUUUUGAUAAGGACAAUGGCGGCCGCAACGUUUGGCACUACUUCGCCGCAACUAACGAAGACGACAUACUCAAAUUCCUGUGGGAUAACGAUCCUUACAAGAUACGCAACUUGAACGCCGUCGAUGAACAAGGGCGUACGCCACUACAGGCAGCGUUUGCUCACGUUGAGGCUCUUCAGCAAUCUCCCAAGACCUCCACGUCCGCCGCACCGUUUGCAGCUUACUUUCUGCUCGAGAAAAGCCAAGGGUAUAUACGAGCGGAGGGCAAUGAGAACCUGGCUCGAUGGGCUGUUGAAUGGGGUAAUCUGGGACUGGUGCGACAGCUGUUCCAUCUCUUUCCCCAGGCUAACGUGAAUGAUGAAUUACUCCUCAAGUCACUUAACAUGUCGGCUUCACCGGAGUUGGUCUCAUUGGUACUUGACAGGGCUGGACCCUCUCGGCCAUUCGCUGACGGCACAACGGCAGCAGAGACAGUCAUCGCAAAUGUCAAGCUCUUGAAGGAAGGUCGAUUGACUCGUAACCCGUCGUCACAUCCUUCCUGCGCCCCAAGCAUGACACGCAGCGCUUACAUGAAGCUUCUUACGCCUGAAGUCAUCAAAUCGCGAGAUUCAAAGGGGCGAGGUAUUUGGCUGCGGUUCACACAGGAUAUCCUCCCAUUGAUGAGUACUAAUGCGCUUGCACAACCUACAUCCCUCUAUUUCCUAUCCUCUUUCAUGUCCAUGGCUGUAUCAUGCUUGGUCGACGUGGGCGCCCUCGCAGACUACGAAAACGAGAGCAAAAAAUGGGCUAUCAGCUGCAUCGCGACGAAAGGGGCUGUCAUGCCACCGGAAUGGUACCAUUGGCACAUGUCGUUCGUCGCCACUAUCUUGGUCGGCUGGUUGUCCGAUAGGGAUCGACAGGGCAUCGAACUUGGCAUCAAGGGCUUCUUCAACGAGGACGAGGCGGGGCAUCUGCUGUGGAAGCUCGUUAGCUUCCGCAUGCCAGAAGUCGUCCAACUGCUCGUCCAAUGUGGCUGCGACGCGCACAAGCCUCGACGGGCCCUCGAUGGCAGAUCGGUUUUCGAGAAAUUCCUAGCUGAUCAGCCUAUUGAUGUGAGCAUGAUCCGGCCCCUGUUGUUCGGCACGACGCAUCAUCAGCUUAGGCGGCGACAACAGUAUACAUUCACGGAGCUCGUCCGGGUAGCUGAUGAAACGGUCGCUGUGGAGGUUCUCGAGCAGCUGAUUAAUGAGGGAUUGGAUGUUGAUGGCUUGGAAAUACCUGCUACGUCACCAAUGAAAUCACCCUUAUCAUCCCCUUCAUUGCUCACGAUAGCGAUUUGCUCAAAAAAGAUCCUCCUAGGGCGAUUGCUGAUCGAACGAGGCGCAGAUGCCUCUUUGGCACCGCCAAAUUCCAUCAGUGCCUAUCUUCUUGCCGCUAAGCUUGGAUAUGUGGUUAUCCUCGAAAUGAUCAUCGAGAAAGUCGGAUCAGGAGAGUUUCCUUGGCUAUCCGUCUACGAACACAUGGAAGAUCGCGAUACUUACAAUGCCUUGCAGUUCGCGGCAGCCGGGGGACAUCGUGAUGCCCUCACAACUCUGUUAGAGGCCACACCUUUGGCUGACAAGAUCACUGCUACCAGUCCAAGACUGGGCAGAACAUGCGCACACCUCGCUACAAAGGCUGGUUCCUUGGAUUGUGUGAAAAUAUUGAUGAGAUACUCACAACCUCUGUUCAGUGUGAGAGACCAUUCAGGAAGAACUCCUCUGUUCUUGGCAAUCGUUGGCGGCAAUCAAGAAUUGAUUCAGUACAUGAAAGAUAAUUUGUUGGAUUAUGAUAAUCCGCAGGAUAUGGGCAUCAUCUUAUUGAACCCAGUUCCAGCCCGAAACGACAACUACGACUCUGACAGUGACUCACUGCCAGAGUCAUCUCACAGCGAAGCAACCCACGAGCAAAAGAUCUCUGAACCAAAACAAAUAGGCGCCAUGCUAGCAGAUGCGAUAGACCAUUAUCAACUAAGCCAAGACCCUCUGUUUAAGUCUAUCCUCGACCACACCUCAAGAAAGGACUUGGCCUCUGCCAUAAUGCCUUGUGGAGGCUGUACCCUUCUCAGUUACACGGCAGCAACCAACAAGAUCCGACCUAUGCUGGAACUAGUGGAGUUGGGGUUUACUGGUUUCGUGGCUGGGUGUGAGGAACAUUGGCCGGGCGGCUACAACGCACUUCUUUGCGCAUGCCUGAAUAUUCGAAAAUUGAUGACCACCCAUUUGUUUAUCGCUGCAGAUAAAGCACGCUCCUUCUUCAAACUAUGCUUAGAUGCUUAUUUGAAGGUGGGGAUGUCAUGGUUUCAUCUUCCAAUUUCACCGAUCCAAGCUCUUUUCCACUUCCGUAACAGUGGACCUGAUAUUGUUUACCAUCAGAAAAUGGUCCUUGAGAUAUUCAUCAAACACCUAACUGAGCAUGCUCAGAGAUACUGGGCGCAGAUGAGGGCCACUGGUGUUACUUCCGAAUUCGAGUUUUCUGCAAAUGAGAGCAUUCAACAGAGAGUUCUACGUUACGCUUUGAACUUGAGGAAGCAAGUUAAUCCGGAUAAUACUGCCGCAACCCACAGUACGGUUCUACAUGAUGUGAUACCUCUGUGUUUCAGAGACGGCAGUAAUCAAUCUAAUGAUUUAACGACAUAUCACAAUGUGGCCAAACUCCUCAUCAGAAACGGAGCCGAUGUCAAUGCGCAAGACUCAGAACUUGUAACCCCCCUACACCAGGCUGCCCACUAUGGUCAAAUAGAUAUGGUGUUAACACUCUUGAGAGCGGGCGCCAACCCGAAUCUUUUGUGUGCCAAUGGCGCAUCAGCCCUGGGACAAUCUGUUGCCUACGGUGACUUCCGAGUCACUCGUUGUCUAUUGAGCAACGGCGCAAGCCCUAUGACAUCCUUCGACAUCACUUUCGAAACGGUUAAUGUCGAUGUGAAUAUCAUGCGCCAGUUAAUUGGGCUUGGAGCGGAUCCCUACGUAACAAGGCCAGGUACCGGAAGCACUCUCACAAAUGCAAUCUAUGAGAGUGCUGAGGGCAUGUCACUUGUACUGAAUGGAAACUUUGACUUCCAUCGACUUGCAGAACAGGAACCGCUCUUACUCAGCGAGAUUCUUGCUCAUAGGAAAUUAUCGUCCAUGGAGCUCAAAGCGAUCAUGAAGCGCAUGCCACAUGAGUAUCGUGCUCGCUUAGUGAACUUUGAACCGGAUGACAAAUACACUCCAUCAUUUUACAUUAUCCGCAAUGACGAUCCGAAACUCCUGCAGGUGUUACUUGAUAUGGGUCUGUAUAUUGAACACGAGUGGCAUGGGAAGGGAACACCACUGAUGUUUGCUGCUAGCAUUGGAGCCUUCAAAUGCUUCAAGCUCCUUGUCCGUCACGGCGCAAGGCUGGCAUACCUCACAACCGGAAGACGAGGUGAAGUCAUUGCAAGAUCAAUCACCGAAGCAGCAAAGCUUCAUCCCCGCCUACUUCAAUGGGCCUUGGUUGACCGCCACUACGAGACAAAGUAUCUCACCCAAGCAGCACACAACGGCCCUUUUGUCCCUAUCAAACCAUGGUCCGGCGAACGAAGGGCGGGAUAUAGAGUUUCAGGCAGUGGUGAUGAGGUCCCCCAGCUGCCAACAGAGUCGAUGUUGGACUUGCUCCCCCGAAUUGCGAGGAUGAAGAGGAGUAUGAGAGGAAGAGUAUUAUUGCCUGUCGAACUUUGUGGCCUUGCGCGGGGAUUUGAGCCGCGAUAGAAAUGCGCGCGAGCCUGUCUGUGUAUUGAGAAGCCGGGGGCAGUGCGAAGAGUUUAGAGAUACCACAGGAAAGCACAUCUGUCUUUCGUCGGGCGGUUGGGAUGGUCAGCCCAACGACCUGCUGUAUGAUUCCCUGCUGGCCCGGGGAUUUCUUUGUAUGGUAGGCUUGGAUACAUUAGGUUUUGAAGAAGAACUGAUGGGAUAGUUCAGAUGAUAAUUAUAAUGCAGUGUAUUGUAAUGACGAGAGUUCCCAAGUGAGACUG